UCCUUCGCGGCAGCAGCACAAAGCCUUGCACGAGUCAAGUCGCAGCUCAGCGGAGCUUCCGCAUGACUCAGAAAAACUUCCAGCACAUCACAUGCAAUCCUCCUGCACAUCCUCUCUCGCAUCACCACCCGCACAAUGUAUCUCACCCCCCGAUAACCCAAUGGAGCUUUACAUCUUAGGGCCGGCAUUCGGCCUACCGUCCAUCGACGCCGAAUGCAACGCCGCAGUAGCCCUACUCCAACACCUCCACCCAACCACCAGCAACUGGCACCUCAUCCCCACCCACGACCAAACCCGGCACCUCCCCUACCUCCUCGACGACCAGAAAACCUACGAGGGCUUCCAAGCCAUCCAAACACACCUCCAACCAAUCUCAACCUCGAACAACGACAACGCCUUGCAAUCAGCAACCUCAACAGCCCUCACCUCCCUCCUCGACUCCCGCGCCCAACCCCUCCUCGACAUCACCCUCUACACCUCCUCCGAAAACUACCGCUCCGCCACCCGCCCCGCCUUCACGCGCCUCCUCCCCUGGUACGCCAAUUACACCGUCCCUCCGCGGCGGCGCGCCGACGCGAAGAAGAGGACUGCGCAGCUGGGGAUUUCACACAUUGACGUCGAUGAGGAGGAUCCGCAUGAGGAUUUGAGCGGGCGCGGCGGGGCCGGCGAUGUCGCCUCGGUAGGCAAAGAGCCGCAAUUCGAAGCGGAGAGUCAGCGCAAAGCGGCGAGUUUACUUCUUCCGCGUAAGGAUACGUUGCGUAGUCUUCUAAGGCGACCGGAGCAUUCUGCGAUUUUCCGAUUGCAUGCGCUCGCUGAGGCGUUUUUCGAGCCUUUGAGUAAUAUGCUGGAGGAGCGGGAGUUCUUUUUGGGCACGGAGGAGAUGCAGGCUGUGGAUUGUGCGGUUUAUGGGUAUUUGAGUUUGAUGCUGUUUCCUGAACUCCCGCAGGGUUGGUUGAGGAAGAUGUUGAGGGGGAAGUACCCGGCUUUGGUGAGGUUUACGGAGAGGAUGCAUGAGAGGUUGAAGAUGGGGACGGAUGUUGGGGAUGUAAUGGGAAGAGGGAAGAGCGUGGCUGCGGAUGCUGCGACACACAGUCUGAAUCUCCCCUGGGCAGCUCGACAAUCUUCGAGCUUCACGGAUGCCGUGACCGUGAUCGCGUCUGACCUAGCAGCUCGAAUACCCUACAUCGGCCUCGGCAGAGUCGAGCACAUCCCAGCCACGCCUCGCAAGCACCCACUAUGGGAAAAGCGAUGGUUCCCCGCCUUCCUCGCGACCACCGCCGCCUCGAUCGGCUUUGGCACCUAUUACGCCUUUGUCCUCGGCUUCCUGGAGUGGCCUCGCGGCGAGCAGGUGCAGAUAUUCGGGCGCAAACGGUUCGCAGAUUAUGGCCAUUUGGGCGCCGCAUUGGCGGGCUCUGCUUCGCACGCGCUGUUGUUCUUCAACACAUCGCUCACGAUGACCAGUUGCGUGGUGACGCGCGGCGGUCCCAACUCGACCGCUGCAGGCGUGGUGCAAUAUGCGACGCUCUGCAGGACCUUUCUCGCGCGAUCGCGGAGGAGGAAGUGCAGGUAUUGGGCAUCGCUGAGGUUGGCGAGAGACGCUGUUGCUGUGGCGAAGACGUGGGAGAGAUUGUGUUCGUGAAAGAGGGCGUGCAGGUUCAGGAGGCCGGAGUAUGCCUAUGCCGCGGACGAAAUGUGGUCAGCUGGGCGGUCCUGGAGGCGCUGACGAAUGGAAUACUCACCAUUGCAGACAUUGCCCAGAAGAGAGUCAGCAACAAUGCGGUAUCGAGAUCCGCAAACCAGAAGAUGGGCGGAAAGAUGAACUCUGCGUCGCCCGGCUGCUCGGAAGCGUGAUGCGGGUUCAGCGGGAGACUGCGUUCCUGGUACAACGGCACCUCGCUAUCUCUCUC